GACCCUACUUGUAAACUUCCAUUGGAAGAAAGGGUCUAACUCCGAUGCCUAUGAUAGACUGAAGCUGAAUGAAAUAGAGAAAAAAACGAAGGAACCAAAGGAUAUAAAAAGGUUAGCAGAUACCGUAACCUAA